AAGCGACUAGCCAACCCUACCGUCAACCGCCGUCUGACCGCCUGGCCAAAGGGCCCUGUAGAAAUGGGGCAAGUCGGCGUUCGCUUCGACUACGACGGCAAGGUAGUCAAGGACGGAGUCACUUGCCACCAGUACAACAUGCAGCCGAAUGCUGGCAAGGUUUCUAGUUCCACUGUGCGCUGGCGCGAAGCGAACGGAGGAACUCAUGCUGUCAUGACCGAAGUCCUCAUCAAGGAGAAUACCAGCCAGGAAGAAGAAGUGAAGGAGGCGGUCGACGAGGCUGGCAACGCAGUGGAGGAAGUCUAG